ACCCCCCAUGCACCCCGCACCCUUCCUUCCUGCGCCCUUCACACCCUCCCUCCAUUCAGCUCCCUGCACGCCCUCCCUCUUCCCGGCAAUCUCUCUGCACCCAGACCCACUGUCCUCUCCUUUUUUCCCAUCGCCUACCUCUAGCCCUUUCCCUGCCCCAUCGCCUUUUCUCGUGCCCCCUCUGUGCAGGGCCCUAGCCCCUUCUCCCCUCUUGCUCACCCUGCCCUGCCCCCACCACCUCCGCCUGGCCCCACUACUUCCCUGUACCGGGUUUCAUGAGCCCCGCCCAGGGUGGAAGCAGUUGUGUGGGACUGGACAGUUGGGCUCACGCCAAAGCUGAAGGGGGGUGUCGAUGCCACCCGCAUGUGACUGACGGUUGAGGCCUACCGAAAGCAGGGCAGUGGAGUGACCCGGCUCUUCUGCCACCAUGAAUAGGGCGCCCCUGAAGCGGUCCAGGAUCCUGCACAUGGCACUGAUGGGGACCACGGAGCCCGGAGCCGGAGAGGCGGGGACCAGCGAGGAGAAGCCCUUUCUGCUGCGUGCGCUGCAGAUCGCCCUGGUGGUCUCUCUGUACUGGGUCACCUCCAUCUCCAUGGUGUUCCUGAACAAGUACCUGUUGGACAGCCCCUCCCUGCGACUGGACACCCCUAUCUUCGUCACCUUCUACCAGUGCCUGGUCACCGCCCUGCUGUGCAAGGGCCUCAGCACCCUGGCCGCCUGCUGCCCGGGCUCUGUGGACUUCCCCUCCCUGCGCCUGGACCUGCGGGUGGCCCGCAGCAUCCUGCCCCUCUCGGUGGUGUUCAUCGGCAUGAUCACCUUCAAUAACCUCUGUCUCAAGCACGUCGGGGUGGCUUUCUACAACGUGGGCCGCUCCCUCACCACCGUGUUCAACGUGCUGCUCUCCUACCUCCUGCUCAAGCAGACCACCUCCUUCUAUGCCCUGCUCACCUGCGGUAUCAUCAUCGGUGGCUUCUGGCUUGGCGUGGACCAGGAGGGGGCAGAGGGGACCCUGUCCUGGACGGGCACCCUCUUUGGUGUGUUGGCCAGCCUGUGCGUCUCGCUCAACGCCAUCUAUACCAAGAAGGUGCUCCCGGUGGUGGAUGGCAGCAUCUGGCGCCUGACCUUCUACAACAACGCCAACGCCUGCGUGCUCUUCCUGCCCCUGCUGCUGCUGCUGGGCGAGCUGCAGGCCCUCUGCAGCUUCACCCACCUGGGCAGCGCCCACUUCUGGGGCAUGAUGACGCUGGGGGGCCUGUUCGGCUUCGCCAUCGGCUACGUGACAGGGCUGCAGAUCAAGUUCACCAGCCCCCUGACCCACAACGUGUCCGGCACGGCCAAGGCCUGCGCCCAGACGGUGCUGGCCGUGCUCUACUACGAAGAGAUCAAGAGCUUCCUCUGGUGGGCAAGCAACAUGAUGGUCCUGGGUGGCUCGUGGGCCUACACCUGGGUCAGGGGCUGGGAGAUGAAGAAGGUGCAGGAGGAGCCCAGCCCCAAGGAGGAUGAGAAGAGCCUCCUGGGGGUGUGAGCACCUCUCGGCCCCCUGGGACAGUCCACCUCCUGGAGAACGUGUGGUGGGGCGGGCACAGCGAUGGAGGCUGUCUCUGAGCCCCGAGAGAGAGCCAGCAGCAGGAAGGGGAUUAACUGCAGACCUGACCUGACGAGGGAUGGAGGUGGAAGAGGAACCCGGAUCUCAAGGGAUGGCAGCGGCAGGAAGUUGCCAAAGCCCUUACCCCCUCACCUGGCUGUGGGUUUGUGCCCUCCCCCAGAAAGGAGGGAAACCUCCCCCCCAUUCCGGAAGGGAGGAGGGGAGCUGCCGCUCUGCCUGCCCUUCUCCCAGGGCCCAUCUACCUACACACCACUCCUAGCGUUGGAGUGGCCUGCGGCGUUUCAGGGACAGUAUUGAGGAAGCCAUGACGUCCUCCCUGAUUCCCAGGAGCCGGGGACAUGGCCCCACCACACACCGCUGCUGGGGAAUCUCCACAGGCCCUGAGCAGGCAAUAGGGCCUUGAACUCCCCACUGGCCCUCCCUUCUGAGGGAGCGAUUGGGCAGGUGCUCUGUGACUGGCCUGGUGCACGCAGGGGCUACUGGGAAUGGCAUGGAUCCUGGGAAAGGGCCCUGUCUUCGACUGCGUACACCCCAUACCCCCGGCUUGUGUACAGCUGCCUGGCUGGGGUGACUUGCCUUCUGGUCCUGGCGCUGGGAGCACCCCUGCCCACUCCCUCAAAGCUCUGUCCUCCCCCAAAGCCUUCCUCACCAGGGGGAGCUGAUGGCACCCAAGGUCCCCCUCCUCAGCUGGGUCUGGCCCAGGGUACCCCCAGGUCCUGGGAUGGGGGAGGUGGGGAGCAGCCUGAGCGGGGCAACCUGUUCGGCUGUGCCAUCAGCUACGUGACGGCUGCAGAUCAAGUUCAGUAGCUCUGCUAGCUGAGCAUUCUCAUUCUUCCAAGAGGCUCGGGUCUAGAACCUGCUUGUCAGCCCACCCAGACCAGGUCUUAGGGCAGCGCCCCCCUGCCCCUCCUGGGAUGCUCAGGCCCUGCCAGUGUGUACCCCUGUCUCCUGGGGGUGAUUUCUGAUGUUUUUAGUCUCUGUAGGGGAGAGCGGGCCUUCUCCCCUUGCCCCCAACCCCACCCCACCCCCAGGUCUCCUCACAAUCCCACAUGAUUUCUAAUGAAGAUGGUGGGGCGCGCACCCAGAACUACUUGUGAUUUAAUGAAUCAUAAGAUUAAAGAGCCAGCGUACAC